AUGAGGAUUUUUGUGCUGGGUCGUCCAGGAUGUGGUAAGUCAGACCUCAUCACCGCCAUAUUUGGAGUGACGGAACAUGACAACAGAGUCCGGUGUGAUAAUGGAGUCAGUAUCCAUACCUGGAAUUUCUCUCCCAAGACAAAUAGCAGUGUAUUAACAGGCGAUGACGAGGAAACAGCGACACCUGUCGAGAUUUGGGAGUGGUCGGGGAGACGGAUUUUUCGCGGAAUCCAAAGUUUCUUUUUCACCAGAAGUUCGCUGUUCCUUCUGUGUGUGUCUACCUCCGAUUCAGAGGCAGCUGACGACUUCAUAGAAACAUGGCUGGACAUUCACUCCAAGGUAUCAAGCCCGAACAUCAUUGUCGUCUGUACACACAACGAGGGCACAAACACCCCGGAAUCUAGUAUACACAACACAAAAUCACAGCUGAAAAGGUGUAUCAUAAAGGUUAAAGAAAAAUACUCAAUAUCAAACACAAACAGGGUCUCUGCUCUGCACGACAGCCUCACAGAAGUGGAGAACUCUUUAGAGUCAGACACUCCAUCAGACUUCAUAUUACACGUUGUUGACCUUCCGCUGAAAAAGGAAAUCCACAAGUUAAAAGUGGAGAUCUUCAGAAGAGUUGAAUUUCAGUUACACAAAAAUUCCAUUUUAUUGAAACAAUAUGCUUCCGUAAUCAAAACUAUAAAAGAGAUGAAAUCAUCGAGGAACAUUUUGAUGAAGCAGGGCGAUUUUGAAGAAAAUAUAGGAAUAUCCCCGGAAAACGAGGACUUAUUUGACGCUCUGGAAUCAAAGAAUAUAAUACUCCGCCUGUUUACCGUAAACAAGGAACCCACUAUCUGCACUGACCCCCGGGCAUUAGUCCAAAUACUGAUAUCCGUGCACGUGCUGGACCAGACCAAGGUCUAUCAGAUUGACUCCCAGAAGUUUUGGGGGGCAGACAUUACUAAACGCCCCGACCCGGGGAUUCUGGUGAGGGUUUUGGAAGAUGUAGCAAAGCAGGGAAUUCUAAGAGAGAAUCUUCUACCUCUACUUUGGCAAAAUAUAACUGAAGAUGAAGACGAGAUCAGGCACUGGAUAGAACUUCUCGGACAAACUGGAAUUAUCUCUAGGUGCAACGCUCUCAGGACAAAGGAUUCCAAACUAGUCCUUUACACAUUCCCUCACCUACAAAGCAAUAGGACGUACUAUGUUACUCCGGCGGAUCUGAUCCCGAACAAGAGUCCGACAAUCAGCUGGACAACAUUACCCGUUACAGACGACAUUGAGGUCAGCGUCAUGUUUACCUUUCCAAGUCAUCUUCCCUCGGGGUAUAAACAUUUAGUGAUUGGAGGUUGUAGAAAUAUUAAUCAGGACGAGGCUUUGUACUCAUGGAUGUGGAGUGAUGGAGUCUUGAUGCAGUUUCCGAAGAUCACGACCUGUAUGAACUUCACGGCGAACAAAUUGUACGUCAGCGGAAGAACUAACGUACUGGAGUACGAGUCUAGACCGGAAGCCAUCAGCGCCAUCUGGGGAGUGUUAUCCUACCCACUGACGGCGGUAGAAAACAUCAGACGCAACUGGGGAAAUAUUGAAUUGGACGUAAGAAGCAUCAGGAUAAUAGAUAACUCCAACCCGAGCCCCUCCCCAGGGGAACAGGGCGUCUAUAUACCCAUCGACGAAGUCUUCAUUACUUCCUCUGAAAAGAGACAACAAUAUGUUCCUCUGCAAGAUCUUCCCUCAGAUUGUGAUUAUUUUGGAUUUCUACAACAUCUGACCACUAGGUAUAAAAAGUUCAAAUCUGGAACCGUCUCUUCAUUCCGUAAACAUCAGGACGGGAAAACUGUGUUGAAAUCGGACUGGAGAAGAAAAUGUCGUACAAAGGGGAGGAGAAUUACAUGGAUUUUGACGUCACAUCCACAGAGUAAGAAGAUGGCGUCUGUGGAGAAUAUUUCGGGGAUUAAAAAAGAACCACCCAAUCAGCGACGGACAUCACAGGUUACAUUUAAGGACCAGAAGGAUACGUCAGCUUUUAUGGAACUCGUGAAUGGGUUCGUGGAGGAGAUUCUCAGGAAAGGGUUGGCUAAAUAUAGGGAAGACAUGUCUACUCAAACCGAGGUCGGAGGGAAGGAGGUCAAGUGGUCAAUUACAGCAGUGACGUCAAUCCAUGCCACGAACAUGGAGACUUCCCGUGUAAACAGUGGCGUGGAAAAGAAGAGGAAUUCCGCCAAUGACAAUAGUUGUGUGCCUUCAAGUAAAUUCUGUGGAAUUCUGUAAAUAACACAAGUGUGUAUUUUAUUCGUUCAGUGCCUAUCUAACAAAUAGAUAUAUAUUGUAA